AUGAGACAAAAGACAUUUUAUUGUUUCUUAUUGCUUAUGGUUCUGCCAUUUGCAAUUAAUGCGGUAAAAAAUAAAAGCGAUGAAUUAAGUAAAGAGCAAAAAUAAGAAGCUGUUGCUACUGUGAUUAAUGGUAUUUUAGAGGAGAAUAGUAUAUAAAGCAAUAAUGAGCUAGUUAAUUGUUUAGGAGAUAGUUUAGCUCCUGUUUAUGAUUUUCUUGAUGAAGGACUUAAUGAUCCUUUUGAAAUGUUUACAGAUUUGGAUAAAGCUUUAGAAAAAAUAUCAGGAUUUAUGGGAUUUCUAAGUUAUUGCAUAGUUUAUACAUCAGAGGGAUAAAAUCUUUAAAAAGCUUACAAUUUAAGGGCAGAUAUUCUUAUUGAAGAAGUUCGUGAUGUAGUUCUUAAAUAUGUUGUUUUACACCCUAUAGAUUUAAACGGUUAUUUAGAUGAUGCUGAAGAUGAGUGGGAUGAUUAAAAUUACAAAGAAGUUGGACAUAUUUUUGCUAAAAUGGGACACGCAAUUGUAGAUGGGACAGAUCUCUAAAUUCAAUCAUAAGAGCUUCUUAUUUAAUAAUCUAAAAAUACAAAAAAAGGAAUUUCCAAGAGAAAAAUUAAAAGUUGA